CGGACUGGAAGGAGGGGGACUGGAAGGGGGGGAAAGUGUCCGGACUGGAAGGGGGGAAAGUGUCCGGACUGGAAGGGGGGUGAAAGUGUCCGGACUGGAAAGGAAAGUGUCCGGACUGGAAGGGGGGGAAAGUGUCCGGACUGGAGGGGGGGAAAGUGUCCGGACUGGAAGGGGGUGAAAGUGUCCGGACUGGAAGGGGGGGUGAAAGUGUCCAGACUGGAAGGGGGGGAAAGUGUCCGGACUGGAGGGGGGGAAAGUGUCCGGACUGGAACUUGAAAGUGUCCGGACUUGAACUCGGGGUAAAGUUUCAGUACCAAAAGUGG